AUGAAUCGCUUUCUAGACAAAUUGAGUCGCCGAGAUAGCUCUCCAGCUUCUCCGAGCGACAAUGAGACCACCCAUGACGAUGACUCACCGGAAGCUGCUCUUCUUCAUGAAUUGAAAACCUUCUGCGAAUCCAACAGCAACCCGCAGGACUCGCACGGAAAUGAAUUUGUUCACCUCCCUCGCAUUGUUGAGCUCGCUGAGUCUAGUCCCGCCGCCGCUAAGGAAGCGGCCUACCGCAUUCGCAAAUACUUGAAGACUCCGACCAGAGUCUCGAACCACGUCCAGUACAAUGCGAUUAUGGUUAUGCGCAUUUUGGCCGACAACCCGGGGCACACCUUUACGCGCAACUUCGACACAAAAUUUGUCACCACAAUCAAGGAGCUGCUGCGCUACGGCCGAGACUGGCAUGUACAGCACUACCUGCGUCAAUACUUGAACACCCUCGAGGGUACUCGACUCGGCGAUGAAGAUCUCCAGGAGCUCCUUCAGAUGUGGGCCAAGGAGAAAACCAAGGGCGAGCGGUCCUUUGCGGAUCGGUUCCCCCAAGCGAAUCCGGCGAAUCCGGGGUAUAAUGCCCAGAUGGCCCCAAUCCCGCCGCCGCACCCGAGUGCUCAUAUGCAAGCACCCUCAACUGCCGUGUACCCCGAGCCAGGCGAACUGGCGGCGCGCGUGGAGGAGGCGCGGAAUUCCGCCAAGCUUCUCACGCAAUUUGUACAGACGACACCCGCUGCAGAGAUUGACCAGAACGAACUCAUCAAGGAGUUUAUUGAUCGCUGCCGAACAUCUUCGCGACUCAUUCAAUCUUAUAUCCACGCGAACAACCCCCCUCCUGAUGAGGACACUCUUCUUACCCUGAUCGAGUGCAAUGAUGAGAUCUCCGUCGCGCUGUCGCAUCAGCAACGUGCCAUGCUGAAGGCCCGUAAGGCCCGAGGCUCGAUGAGUCCUCUUUCCAGCCCGAAUGCCCCUAGCUCCGUUUCACCGAUCAUGGCAUCUGGUGCGCGUCAAGAUCCUGCAUCGCCCUUGAUUGACUUGGAUAAUACGACCACCAUCGAAGGCCGCAUCGGCACCGUCAGAGACACUCAUGAGCCGUACGAGUACCAGGCAUCGGACUUUGAGGUGGAGAAUCCGUUCGCCGAUAACAAUGCCACACAAUACCCUGAUGCGGAGCGGAACCGACCCAAUGCCGGCCAGGGUGAGCGUGCGGUGCAUUUUCAAUCCUCGGAGCAUGCUUGA